AUGGGCUCACUAUGGUCUGGCAAUGACAGUGAAUGGAAGGUCAUCUAUGAUGAGCAGGGGGACCUCCAUAAGCACUUGUCAGGUGGCAGGAAAACGCUCGCGCAAACACUGUCAAUACCCAAAUCGAUGUGUAUUCUCUCUGACAAAAAGACAGAGAUUUCAACUGUGAAUGAGCUGGCCUCCAAGUUGAAGCUUCCACAGUUAAGAAAUGGGACCGUGGAAAGGGUAUUCCCAGUCCGCUCCGUCGUCUCCUUGGACUCUACCCCCUCAUCGGCACUACAAAUACCUUCAUUGGAUAAGUUCGAGAGCCCGGCACCCCCUUGGGUGGACUCACCUCGGAACAACACAGAUGAUGCAAUCGGAGGUCUACCCAAAGGCUCAACGACAGAUACCGAUGUUCGAGACAAAAAGCCACGAAGACCAAACUACUUAACUCGCAUGCAUCAUCAGCUUAGCCUUUCCAAUAUAUCGCCGUCUUUAUUGAGAGUUUCCGCUCAAAAUAGAGAUACAUCGGGUGAGGAGUUGAGUCCUUUCGCCCAGUUGCAGAACAUGAUACGUGAUGGCGCAGAUGUCUUGACGAGAGACGAAUUGACAAAAGGUCAGGGCUAUUUUUAUGAAGAUGAGACAAAUUUGGUUAUUCAGCCCUUUGGUGCACUUCUUGUUGUUUCUGCUUUGAAUGGUAAGACUAUUUUUCAAGCUGCUAGCACCAACUCUGGAGACAUUAUUGGCUAUACUCCUGAUGAUUUGUUCAAAUUGAGUUCUAUCGACAGGAUAAUGUCUGAGUCUCAAUGGAGAACGUUUUUGGGACAUGCAAAGUGCAUUCUGGAUGAUGAGUAUGAUGUGGAGUUAUGUGGGCCGGAGUUGUUUUCUCUUUCGAUAUCCACUCAAAGUGGUGAUACCAAGCAUCUUUGGUGUACGAUGCAUACAAGCAGAGUGUACAGGAACUACAUAAUCUGUGAGUUGGAGCCUGAUGCUAUGAAUUAUGAAGCUUCAAGAGAACCUCUUAGUUUAUCACGCUAUGAGCCAUUUGUCGACGACGUGAAACUUGAAGGCCCAACCGCGUUCCCUUCAAAGGGUGAUUAUCAAGACGCUAGAGCUUUUCAGCCUGAAAUUUUGAACUCUCUUCCUAGAUUUAUUCGGAAGAUCUCAAGCGCUCAAACUCUUGAGUCGCUUGUUCAUCAUUCCAUGGCUUACUUCCAAGAGCUGAGCUCCUUUCAACGCAUAACAAUGUACCACUUUGACGGUGAUCGGAAUGGUAUCGUUGUCGCCGAUUCGCUUGAUGAGUCUUUGGGCAUAAAUCCCCUCGAAGGGGUUGAAUUUCCCGAGUCUUCAUUUUCGGAAGAUAUGAAGAAGCAAUAUCUUAGGAAUGCAGUUUCUUUCGCCUACCGCAAAGGCGAGAAUGUCGCGCAAUUGGCAUAUCGGGCAUCUACAGUCAAAAUGGGCUUAGAUUUAUCUCAUUGCUAUCUUUUGGCCUCCCCUGGGUCUUCCGAUAUUCAGUCAUCCCACCUCUCUCAGGAAUGUUUGUCAAUGGGUAUCUAUGUGUUUGGAAAGCUAUGGGGCUUGGUUUGUUGUCAGUCCUACGAUGAACGCUCGCGGCUCCAUCCACUUGUCCAUCGGACAUGCUGGAUGCUAAGAGAAACAAUAUCCAGCAAUAUCGAGCGUCUGUCCUACACUUUGCCGUUUCAUGUGGGACAACUGGAUCUCACCAAUGGAUCUGGAGGGGUUAAAAAAGAGCUUCCGGUGCCUGUUGGUGACUUGCUGAGUCUAUUUGGCGCAGACUAUGCAGUGGCCUCUAUUCUUGGAGAAACGAAGAUUCUAGGCAAACCACCCGACUCGCAGGAAGCGUUGGCUAUAUUAGAAUAUCUUCGCGUUAAGGAGCUGAGUACCGUCUUAUGGUCUACAGACAUACUUUCGGAUUUUGAAGAUCUCGAUUAUUCUCCUGGCUUCCGCAAUCUCUCCGGUUUAAUCUAUAUACCGCUAGCAGUUGAUGGUCAGGAUUUUAUCGUUUUCUUCAGAAGGGAAACUGGACCAGAUCACAAGACACGCGGUGCUGGUUCUGAUUGUGAUAUAACCACUCUAGCUUCUGAUAAAUCUAUCGGGGUCGAUAGAAACGGCGACACGGAAUGGUCAGCUGCAGAAAUUGGCAAAGCGUCAAUACUAGCCUUGCUAUACCGCACAUUCACGGAGAUAUGGCAAGAAAAAGAAGCUACAAUGCAAAAUAACCAGCUCAUGCGUCUACUUCUUGCUAAUUCCGCCCAUGAAUUUCGCACACCACUCAACGCCAUAAUCAAUUAUCUUGAGAUUGCACUUGAUGGAAACAUCAAUCAAGAGACGCGCGAUAACCUUUCCCGAUCACACUCGGCCUCCAAGUCUCUUGUCUAUAUCAUCAAUGAUUUGUUGGAUCUCACGAAUGCAGAAAAUGGUCAGAGAUUGAUCAAAGAUGAGACCUUUAGCUUAUCCGAGACUCUUUGCGAGGCUACGGAUAUUUUCUGGGAAGAAGCGAGACAAAAACACGUCGAUUUGCAAGUUGUACAGCAUGCUGCUCUACCUGCUGUUCUGGGUGACCAGCGACGAGUACGUCAGGUUAUCACGAAUCUAAUCAGUAAUGCGGUUCAGCAUACCUCUACUGGGGCUGUGACCAUUGAGUCGUGUAUUUUGUCUGAGUCCUGGGAAACGGGUCACAUUUCUGUGGAAGUGGCGAUCCAUGAUACUGGGUCAGGUAUGUCUCAGGAAGCAGUGGAGGCACUAUUUUGUGAACUGGAACAGGUGUCUACUAAAGAGUAUAUGCAGAAUCCUCGGUCUUAUGGUAAAGGCUCAGAGACUGCUGCUUUGGGGACGGAGAGUGUUCUCGGUUUGGGUCUUGCUUUGGUGGCGAGGAUUGUACGUAAUAUGGAAGGUCAACUUAGUCUUAAGUCUGAAGAAGGGCAGGGGAGCUGUUUCAAACUUCGAUUGAAGUUUCCAUUGCCUUCUGGUGAAAAUGGAGCUUCGUAUGUCUCUCAGAAUGCUACGGAUUCUGAUGUGCGGUGUCACAUGAAGGGAUGUGAUGGUCAAAGACCGAAUGGAAGUAGUUGUGACAAGCAAGAGACGAGCGGCUCGGACCAGGACGAGAGAAGAACAGUUGAGGGAAAUGAUGGUAUAGAUUGCAAAUGCGGUGAUCCCAUUCUAUCUGGUUCAGCUACUGGGAGAGUGGACAGUCCUUUGGUGGAUGCCGAUAUUUCCCUAAAGAAUGGAGAGUCGCGAAACCUCACAAUUCUCGCAUCGGGCGUAAAGGUGGAAGACGUAAGUCUAUCUAUAUACCCUCUCGACUUGAUUUCAGUACUAACCUAUCUCUUUCCUACUUUAAAGAAGGUUCCCCUGAGACCUACCAAAAAGGACUCAUCGACCAAAGCUACAGACCCAGAGCCAUCUAAACCAGAUGAAGCCAAAACCUCCACAAAACCACCAGAAGAACAUCAACUACACGUUCUAAUUGCAGAAGACGAUCCAAUAAAUAGCUCAAUCGUCAAGAAACGACUAGAAAAACUUGGCUACUCCGUCUACAUGACAAGUAACGGCAAGGAAUGUGCAUCUGUCUAUCGCGAUAGUCCUAUCUCAUUUGAUGUGAUUCUUAUGGACCUCCAGGUUUGUAUUGGUACAUCAGCAGAACAUCUCAAUCACAUUCUAAUACUUCUUCUUUUUAAGAUGCCCAUCGUUGAUGGCUUCAAUGCUACCAAGAUGAUCCGCGAGCAUGAGCGGCAAAUUGACACCGAGAAAACUCUUAUCCACCGAGGCACGAAUCAUAGCAGAACUCCUAUUUUUGCUUUAUCGGCUUCACUUGUUGAGAAGGAUCGUCAGGUCUAUUUCGAUGCUGGCUUUGAUGGGUGGAUUAUGAAGCCUAUUGAUUUUCAGCGUGUGCAUGUGCUUCUUAAGGGUGUUUUAUCGAUUGAUGAUCGGGAUGAUGCUCUUUAUAAGCCUGGAAUGUGGGAAGAGGGGGGCUGGUUUGAAAAAAAGGAUUUAUGCGCUAUCAUGUCUGGGUGA